AUGUCGCUGCCACCCAACGUCAUCCGCGUCAAGCGCAAGCGGGUGGAGGAAUCGCCCGUCACUUUUCUCCAAAUUGACCAAGGCGCGAAGCGACACCGCAGCGACAGCAGCCACUGGGUCUACCAACGACGAGGCGCGACGGCGCAGCAGCAGCGGCAACAGCAACAGCAGCCACAGUCGAAGCCCCAGAUUCAGCUCUCAACGGCCAAAGACGAUGCGGGCGAUGCAGGCACACAAAAUGCGGCGCCCCAGCAGCAGACACAGGACUCUAGGAAAUUGGCACUAGCGGCGUCGUCUGAGCCGCGCCGCUUCCGCGUCUCCAAGGCGAUGCUGGCCGCCGCCGCCGCCGCCGGGAGCGGUGGCGCUGCGGGAGCGGUUUCAAAAAGGGACAGAUAUGGCACGCCGACGCUGUUUGUAGAGCGCUCGAGACGGAAGAAGCUCGCGCCCAAGCCGCGGCGCAGCAUGGUGUCCCUGCAGAGCCCGGACGGCGACGCGGCCGCGGCCAAGGACGUCGAGGUCAAGGCCCUCAAGCGGCCCGGCGUCGCGAGGCGAGCCCGCGAGGCCGCCAAGACGAAAGCGGCUUCCACCGACGACGACGGCGGCGAUACUGCUGCGAAACCGACAACGAGUAGUGCUACCACUGCGACUGCGAACCCGCUUCCGCCGUCGCUGACGAAUCGCGCCGCCGAAGACAUGCGCAGGAUAACCGCCGACAUGAAUGAGUGGGUGAUGCGCGAGAUGGGCGCCAACCUGCAGAGCAUGGAGGAGGAGCGGAAACGAGUCGCCGCCGCCGCGCCGCUCGCGUCGCCGUCGCGGUUCAGGCCCAAGGCGCCGGCGCAGCGCUACCACGAGCGUCACCCCGAGGUGCCCGCGCCGGGCAGCCCCGCGGCCACGGCCACCGACGUGGAAGGCGACACCAACAUGACGGACGCGAGCGAGGAGGAAGACGGUGACGACGAUGACUGGGUGAUUGAGGAGUAUGUCCGCAUCCCGGCAAACUCGGUGGCGCUAGACGUGGCGCCGUCAGAUGUGGGCUUUUUGGUGCUCGACGGCGAGGAGGAGAGUCUACUGUUUUUUGGAUCGCAGAAUGACGAGGACGAGGACUGGGACGAGGAUGAAGAAGAUGAAAAUGCGGAAAAUCACUACACGGCGGACUAUCCGGAUGAUGAAGUGGAUUCGGAAGACGAGUUCAACCGCAACGCAUACUACUUUCGUAACAUGAAUGCGUCGGAUGAUGAAGAGUACGACCAGGACGACUUUGACGAGGAUGGGGACGCGCGCAGCGCAGACGGCGGGGGCGAGGAUGACGAUGCGCGCAUGACGAGGAUCUUGGAGCAGAUGAAGAGAUUAAAGGCAUUGCAGAGAUAG